AUGGUCUACGGCACUCAAAACGAAGACCCCGAACGGGGCGAAUACCGCAGCCUCUACAGUGACCAAGACGGAGACGACACCCCCUCCACAACCCCCCUCUACACCCACCCAUCAACCGCCCCCAACGCCAACAACCCCGAAUUCAUGUCCAAACCCAACCCCCGCCGCCGUUCUUGGAUCCAAUUCCAACAAAACCUCCGCCUCCCAACCUCAACCGAAGUAUCUACCAUCGCAAAAGCCGUCUUCGGCGCGCUGGGUUUCAUAAUCGGCAUCCUGGUGUGCACGCUCGCCAUCAUCACAUUGAUUUACGGCUGCACGGAGGUCGUGAAUAGUAUCCGGCAUGUCGACGAUCCUAGUCCCUAUCGUCGUCUCAGUGAUUACCAGGGGUAUGUAGCCGUGGAGGAUGAUAUAGAUGAUCCGUAUCCGUAUCCUUACUCUUACCCCCUGACUGAUGGCGGUGGCGAUGUGGAUACGGCGCCUAAAGCGAUGACAACAAAGUCAGGCAUCGAGGUUGCUUGCUUCGGGGAAGCGGGUACUUGUGAAGCUAGUCUUUCGGAGUUGAUGCGGAUCCCGCAGGCGACGAGGGUUGCGGUUAUUACGGAUGGGGAGGCUUGGAGUGAUAUUACGGGGGAGGAUCUGGAUGGGGAUGUUGAUAUUGAUGGCGAUGGGGAUGGGGAUGAGGGGGAGUUUCCGGAUGAGUUGGCCUGUGGGAAUAUGUGGAUGGAGGAGGAUGAGGGAGUAGUGGUUGAUGAGCUGGAGUAUGUAUCCAUGCUGGAUCGGUUGUGGAAUGGAUUAUUUGGGGGGUGAUUUUGUUUACUUAGGGAUUGGGUGGGUUUGGUGUUAGGAGGGAUAAUUGUUAUCGUUUUGUUUCUUUUUGUUUCCGUGAUACGGGUAUAGUAGCCCUAUUUCGAUAUAGUGAUCAAUAUUGCAUCAUGACGAUAUGUGGC